AUGGCACCAGUGAAAAGCAACGACGCCGUCAUGGGUGGUACAGCCGAAAGCGCCAUCGACCGCCUCAGAAAACAGCUUCGCUCAGACAUCAAGGCUAGGUUCAAGGGCCAAAUGCCUGUGGAAUGGCCGACUGAUUUCUAUAAAACACCAGUCCUAUUCUAUUUUGCGGAAACCUUCCGAAAGGUUUGCAGCCUCGCGCGCAAAGACAGGGCGGUUGUCCUGGAGGAGCUAGAACCGACAUUUUCCGAAUUAGAAAGCGCACUGAAAUCGACUGCGCGCAACCUGUCGUACCAGGUGCAGGGCCAAGAUCCAGAGCAGACAAUUGUGAAUUUGACGGCGGCCGUGACAUGCUGGGAAAAAAUAAACGAGAUGAAAAAGGCCUUAGAGGCUGUCAAAAGCGGAGAGGCUGAUCACUAUUUGGAGGAGCAUUCACGCGAAUUCAGUGUUCGACUAGCACGGGAAGCCUCUAUCAAGAGAGAGAGCCAUGCUUCAGUUGAUGAAAAGCAGAAUGGUCCAGAACCCAAAGGGCAAGCACCGGCGAAGCAAACGGAGUUCCAGGCUCCCCAGUCUAAGACACAAAAGCAGGAGGUACAACAGGCUCAGGAGCAGCAAAAAGAACAGUCUCAGUCAAGCAUGAGAGGAGGCAACACAACAGAAUGCAAGGAACUAACUCAUGCGCAACUGAAUGCGCGAUUGAGACUAUCGACAGGCAUCAGCCACUCAAAGGAUCCCCGUUGA